CUGGUGCGGGCGCUGUCGGUGCUCUGCAACGUGGCCAACCAGCUGUACUACCCCUGCGAGCACGUCGCCUGGGCAGCCGAGGCCGGCAUCGUCCGCGCCCGCGCUCGGAAGUGGUGGACCCUGAGCACGGGGCUCUGGGCAUCGGCCCUGCUCCUGGGCAUCCUGCGAUCCCUCAGAAUCUUGUGCCAGUUAAGAAGAAAGCUGAGGCAGCACAAGGGGACAUCUUCGCCUCAGAGUCAGAAGGAAGCGAAAGCCCAAGUGAAGGCUGAAGUUCUGAGCAUCCUUGCACAAGUGGCAGAUCUCUCCAACGCGAUCCAUUGGCUGCCUCCAGGGUUUCUGUGGGCUGGAAGGUUUCCUCCGUGGUUAGUUGGUCUCCUGGGGACUGUAUCUUCCCUGAUAGGUAUCUACCAAGCCUCUAGAGGAGGGAACUCUGAAGCUGUGGUGUCGACAAUAAACGAGAUGAAUGCUUCAAAGUCGGCCUUGAGUGAUCGUUCCUUCCUGAUAACCGGGCAGAUGUUCUUCUACCUGCUUCUAGAAAGCUCCAAGUGGCGCCUGGGCCACAGGAAACGUUUGUGCUGUGGGAGCUUGCAGUGCGCCCCCAAGGACGCCUUCCUGGCUGCGCUCCCG